AGUGGUCAGAACACAUGAAACAUUUAUUGACUCAGUUUGCCGUCUUAUAUAGGGGUGGUUCAUGGUGCCCCCCAAACAAUUAUGACAGUAAUAUCAAAGAUCACUAAUCACAGAUCACCAUAACUGAUUUAAUAAUGGAAACAUUUGAAACAUUCCAAGAAUUACCGAAAUGUGACACAGAGACAUGAAGUGAGCACAUACUGUUAGAAAAAUGGUGCUGAUAGACUUGCUUCAUGCAGGGCUGCCACAAAUCUCCACUUUGUAAGAAACAUAAUACCUGUGAAGUACAAUAAAGUGAUACACAUGAAAAUAGUUGUGCCUGUUAUAUGACAUAUAUACGCGUAUAUAUAUAUAACUUGAGAAUUUAUGAAGCAACAUGUCAAACAGCUUAUAACACUAUAACGUACUAACUAUCCAAGUGUUUGAGACACAGUUAAAAUAAUCGGUAAUGAGGACAAUGACAGAAUACCUAGUAAAUCUUAAUUCCCUAUCAAACCAUGCUCAAAAAUGAGUCUUAGUAAAUUCAGCAUUGUUGCCCUAUGUCAGGGACAAAGUACAUGUAUAUUGCAUAGAUGGACAUGUGACAAAAUAGAAAUUGGUUUUCUGAGACAGGAUUCCCCGCAGCUUCUGCAGGAGGGAGAAUGUAAUUGGACACCAGGAUUGCAAUCAUAACCUUUUAUAAUUUCAGCUAGUUUUGUGUCUUUUAAAAAAAUUACAUUGGAUAGUUAUUUCAGGAUACAGUGUGUUAUGGGUUAAAUUGUGUCCCCCCUUCAAAUUCAUGUGUUAAAGACCUCACUUCCAAUAUUUUACAAUAUGACCUUAUUUGGAAACAGGGUUGUUGUGGAUAUGAUUAAAUAUGAGGUCAUAUUAAAGUAGCACCUACCAUACUCCAAUAUGACUGAUGUCCUCAUAAAAAGAACGCUAAGUGUGCAGACAGACACGGACAUGGAAAACGUCAUGUGAAGACUGGCAGGGGUAUGCUGCCACAAGCCAAGGAAUGCCCAGACCCUGAGAAACACUAACAGGCUCCCAUCACAGCUCUCAGAAGGAACCAACCCUGCCAAUACCUUGAUUUGGGACUUCCAGCCAGACCUCUGACAAUAAAUUUGUUUAAGUUGCCUAGUUUGCAGUAUUUUGUUCCUGCAGCCCUAGCACAUCAACAGUGAAAAGAACAUGGGCUCUGAUGUCAGCCUUUAGUCUCUGCCCUGCUGCACGAUUACUUUUGACUUUUGACAAGUCAUUUCCACAUUCUCAUGCUUAAAAUUCAAUUUAGAAUAACUUCUACUUUAUCGGAUUCUUUUGGGGAUCAAAUUAGUUACAAAAGACGUAAAGUGACCGACCCUCAAAAAAUGAUUUCUUUCCCUUGUUUUGUGAUGUCAUGCAUUCAGUUAUUUUCAGUGACUUGUGGAAUCCUAAAUAUAUCAACUUUAAAAAUUACAUUAACGAUAUUCUUGGUUACCUGACUGUGGUGUGGUGCUGCAAAAUAAAACCACCUAUUAGAAUGUGGGUUAAUUAGAUGGGACACUGCGAUUUACAAAGCUUUCUAUUUGCUGCCAUGCCCAGCAGAAUGUCUUUGCAUACUAGGUACUAAAUAAAAUUAUGUUACUUAAAUGUCACAACCUCUAAAAGUUUAAAAAAUGACUUCUCUAAAAAGUCAAAUAUUUUUUCCUUGGCGUUCCUCUUACAGAAUUGUUUUUAGUGAUAAAGUUUUAUUAAUAUACUUAAUGCAGAAAUAACCUCAUUUUUUUUUUUGGUAAUCUGGAUCCCCUAAAUAGAAUGCUAAAUUUGUUUCUUGUGCAACAAACAAGUUACCACUUCUGACUCUUCAUCUUGAGCUUCCUUUUUUUUUGAGACGGAGUCUCGCUCUGUCUCAGGCUGGAGUGCAGAGGCGCGAUCUCGGCUCACUGCAACCUCCGCCUCCCGGGUUCAAGCGAUUCUCCUGCCUCAGCCUUCCGAGUAGCAGGGGUUACAGGCGUGCGCCGCCAGGCCUGGCUAGUUUUUUUAUUUUUAGUAGAGACAGGGUUUCACCAUGUUGGCCAGGCUGGUCUCGACCUCCUGAUCUCUUGAUACGUCGGCCUCGGCCUCCCGAAGUGUUGGGAUUACAGGCUUGAGUCACCGCGCCUGGCCUUGAGCUUCAUUUUUAAAGGAAGGAGCAGGAAUGUUAACCUACACACAAAAAAAAUGCUUUCACGCUCGAUUUACUCUAGCUUAUUGCAGGAGUGACCAGGACACUACCUCCUAGAAGUAAUGCCCACAGAAAGCGCAAGUUGUUCGACUGCUCGCCAAACAAAACAGAAGCGCAAAUCCCAUAGCCUUUCUAUACGAAGAACUAACAGCUCGGAGCAGGAGAGGACGGGACUGCCAAGAGACAUGUUAGAAGGACAAGAUUCUAAACUGCCUUCCUCGGUUCGCAGUACACUUCUGGAACUGUUUGGUCAAAUAGAAAGAGAAUUUGAAAACCUUUAUAUUGAAAACUUAGAAUUACGUAGAGAAAUCGACACUCUUAAUGAACGUUUAGCUGCUGAAGGACAAGCGAUUGAUGGAGCAGAACUGAGUAAGGGCCAACUCAAAACAAAAGCCAGUCACAGCACCAGCCAGCUCUCCCAGAAACUGAAGACCACUUACAAGGCUUCCACCAGCAAGAUUGUCUCCAGCUUUAAGACCACGACAUCGCGAGCUGCCUGCCAGCUCGUGAAGGAGUACAUCGGCCACCGGGACGGCAUCUGGGAUGUCAGCGUGGCCAAGACACAGCCAGUGGUGCUCGGGACUGCAUCGGCCGAUCACACGGCUUUGCUGUGGAGCAUAGAGACCGGGAAGUGCCUAGUCAAGUACGCAGGCCACGUGGGCUCAGUAAAUUCUAUCAAAUUUCAUCCCUCAGAGCAGUUGGCUCUCACUGCUUCUGGAGAUCAGACUGCUCAUAUCUGGAGAUACGCGGUGCAGCUGCCGACACCCCAGCCUGUUGCUGACACUAGUCAGAUAUCUGGGGAAGAUGAAGUAGAGUGCUCUGACAAGGACGAGCCCGACCUCGAUGGGGACGUGUCCAGCGACUGCCCCACCAUCCGCGUCCCACUGACAUCCCUCAAGAGCCACCAGGGCGUGGUCAUCGCCGCUGACUGGCUGGUUGGGGGGAAGCAGGCCGUGACUGCCUCCUGGGACCGGACGGCAAACCUGUACGACGUGGAGACGUCCGAGCUCGUUCACUCUCUGACAGGGCACGACCAGGAGUUGACGCACUGCUGCACACACCCCACCCAGCGGCUCGUGGUGACCUCCUCCCGUGACACAACUUUCCGCCUCUGGGAUUUCAGGGACCCCUCCAUCCACUCGGUGAAUGUUUUCCAGGGACACACGGACACUGUGACUUCUGCCGUGUUCACCGUGGGAGACAACGUGGUUUCAGGCAGCGAUGACCGCACGGUGAAAGUCUGGGACUUGAAAAAUAUGAGAUCCCCCAUUGCAACUAUUCGCACGGACUCUGCCAUUAACAGGAUCAAUGUAUGUGUUGGCCAAAAAAUCAUAGCCCUCCCCCAUGACAACCGACAAGUGAGACUGUUUGAUAUGUCAGGAGUGCGCCUGGCGCGGCUUCCCCGGAGCAGCCGACAGGGCCACAGGAGAAUGGUGUGCUGCUCGGCAUGGAGCGAAGACCACCCCGUGUGCAAUCUGUUCACCUGUGGGUUUGACCGGCAAGCCAUUGGUUGGAACAUCAACAUCCCUGCAUUGCUACAAGAAAAAUAAGGACACCGGCAGUCCUUAGUUUCACUGUUUGCCAGCACAGACCUUUGAUGGGUGCAGGCUUUUCUGCGUAUUAAUCAGCCAUUUUUGUGAGAGUUUGACCCUGGGAAGGGUGCUUUGUAUAUGUUCUUUUCAUAUAGUGCCCAGCUUGCAUGAAAUGUACAGAGAAAUGUGUGGUCGUAUUUUUUACUUUUGUCUUGUAUAUAUAUGUAUAUUGGGUCCUCUGGGCAGUAGAGGCGAAGCUCACCUCCCAUGUAGCACAUGAAAUGCUUGUGAGUUGUUGACAUUGGACAGGUGACUAGUAGGGCAUUACAUUUGUGUGAAUUAAAUGUGAACUUCUGUAUUACGUUGUGGCAUCGGCAGUCCUGCGUUCCCUGGAGUAACUGUACGUAUCUGCCUGUGCUGGGAAGACUGUGGGGCUGCCUGUGUUGGCUGGCGACCAGCAGGAUCGCUCCAGGAUUUUGUGUUUACCUCGCGUGAAGUUCAGCACGUGCUGUUGUGUAGUCAGCUUCCACUCUAAUUUCUGUUACAGUUCUGCAAAGGUAACCUGGAGUUUAGAAGUUAAAAAAAAGCAUGGGACGUUGGAUUUGCACCAUUUGGAGUUUCUUUAGGAAAGAAAAGUUUUCUGCUUUUUUAUAGAAAAUCAUUUCAAUCUCCCGAGGUCUCAUGCUAGCAAAUUUUGAAAUAGGAUUCUAAUCACCGAUUUCAAAUAUUAAGCAAAAUGUAAAGCACUUUAAUUUAUAGCUAUGGUUAUAAACAGGUUUUAGAUGUUUCAAAUGACUUGUCCACUGAAUGUGACUUGACCUUGAUAAGAGGCCCUGCCGCCUGUACACAGAGCCCAGUUAAUUCUCUGCACCUCGGUUGUGUGCUUCCGAAUGGGCUCACUCCCGUGGUGGUGUUUGAGAGCCAACAACACUACCUCAGAGACGGGUCUUUGGGAAACUUUGGGUCUCACUGUUGCCUGGCUGGAGCACUUUGGUUUAUAGCUGGAAUACUGAGUUCAGUUCAGAAGGCAGGAAAGACAGUCACACCGACGUGUCCUGAAGGUGUAGGCUCUCCACUUAGGCGCACAAGCUGACGGCCGCAGCCAGCAGGCCCCGGUGAUGAGACACUUCCAGGUCCUGUGGUGGGGACGCCUCUCAGUGCCAGUCCUGCCACUGCUGAGGGAGCCUGGUGUUCUUGCCUUCUUGGAAAUUACUGCUCACCUGGUAUGUUAAUGUUUCUUGCUGAGUUACAGUUUUGAUAAAGAGGCUCUCAUUUCCUGCGUCUUGUAUUUUCAAUACGUCCACCUGGAGGCUCACCACUUGGAGAGACACAGGAAGGUAAUAUUUACAGCUGUCACGUGACAUCCCCAGGUCUUUGUGUUUUGCCCUGUUUUACAGUGAGGUAGGAGGGAACCCAUCUGGGGACUGGUAGAUGCAGGUGCAGUAGGACGUGGGACUUUUGGACCCGUCCUUUGGUGCAGCUCACCAGGGAUGAGAGGCACCUCCCUACUUGGGCCUUCAGGAGCUGGUCCAAGGGGCUUCGAAUCUAAGUCAUCCAGAAUGACUCUGAAAUGACUGACAGCCCCGGGCCCAAGAAAAACCGAUAACCACCUCAGAUGGAUCUGACGUGGCUAAGGGACAAACAGCAAAUAUUUCAGUCAUUUUGAUUUUACAAAUAAAAAAUGUGUUUUUGUCCAACAUUAUUUCCUGACUGCACUGUUCUGAGAACGGAGUCCACCUGGUCCCUCUGGUUGAUUAGAAUCUCAGGUUUCAGCUCCUGCUGUCCUGAGCGAACUUGCCUGAUGCAGGGCUGUGCUGUGUCCAGAUGUUGCUGGGGCCUCACUUUUUCUCUUGGCUGGAGGUCCAAUUGCCAGAGCCUCCCACACUGCACAUGCGAAGGUCUGAGCCCAGGGCAGCUUCCAGGGCCACUGCACAGGCCACCUGCUUGGGUCCCUCGGAGUUUAGUUUGAAAGUCUGGGUGUCUUAGGAUGAUGGUUAGGAACAUUGAAAAAUGGCUGCAAAUAGCCAAAUCAAACUUAAGAACAAGAUCUCUGCCAGAUUAAACAUUUUUGAAGCUUUUAAAAAUCAAUAUUCCUAGUGGCCAUUGAGUUCCAGGCACACUGGUGCCCUUUACUGCCACAGCUGCUCACCUUCUCUGGCAAACUGGAGGGACCUCAGAAACUGGACUCCUACAUGUCCUUGGGGGCGCAGCCCUGUGGUGCUCAGGCAGAGCUCUCAGGAGCCGGGGCACCUUGCUGUUCGCUGCUGUGUCGUCUUCUAAUGUGAGCUCAUCCACUGCUGCUGCAGCGUGGUAAUCAGGAGUCACAGACAAGAUCGGGGAUGGUGUGUGUGUGUGCGUGUGCACGUGUGUGUGGCUAAAUUAAGUCAUACUGUCAACCACAUGUGAUCUCGUCUGAAACAGUGUUUGGAAGUGGGAACAGUUUUGUCCUGUAUGCUGAUGUGUCCAGAAUUUCAUUUAAUGAUAGACGGAAAAUGUGUGGUUACUGAAAAGUGUGUAUCGAUACAGAAUUUCAUAAGAGCCAUGCUGUUGGGCAAAGCAACUCUUUUUCAACCACUGCUCAUCAGUUUCUGUAGAGACAAAAACUCUGUACAUAUUUUGGAAUCUGAAGAAUCCUAUGUAAAUCAUUUGUUACUUAAAUCUGUGAAAAACAUGUUUCUUUGGAGGAAAAUGUAUGCAUUUAUAAGUGUUCUGUGGAAUCAGUUUUUAUUGUAUCAAUAUAAUUGUCUCUAAGUGUUGAGUGUCUUCAUUGCAAUAUGAAAUUCAUUAAAAUGUCCAUGUUCCGUAAUUACUAUUAUAAAA